UUGCCAUUAAAAAAAACCACUAUCAAUAACUUGGUAAUUUGCGUAGUUUAAGUACAAAAGUAUUUCAAAUCAUUAUGAGUUGUGAUAAUGAGUAGACAAAGUUAUAAAUAAUCGUGAGGAAAUGUAUGACAGUACCUGUGGUGCGGCUGCGACCGUACAAUGUGGAACGGCACAGCAUGAGUGCGAUGGACCCUUGUCACGCGAACCUCCACCGGCACCACUGGAGCGAGAUUAUAGUGGUUUUGAUAUUGUUAAGGCUACUCAAUACGGUGCUUUCAAUAGGGUCAAGGAACUGGUGGAGGCUGGCUGGGAUGUUAAUCAGCCUGACCAUGAGACCGUCACUCUACUGCACUGGGCAGCUAUUAACAACAGACGGGAAAUCAUCGAGUAUCUGCUGUCAAAAAAUGCAAAGGUAGAUGCUAUCGGGGGCGAGCUACAGUCGACGCCGCUGCACUGGGCCACGCGGCAGGGACACCUGGAGGCCACGGUGCUGCUCGUGCGCGCCGGCGCCAACCCGGCGCUGCGCGAUGCCGAAGGCUGCGCGUGCCUGCACCUGGCGGCGCAGUUCGGGCACACGGCCGUGGUGGCGUACCUCGUGGCGCGCGGCGUGCCGCCCGACGCCCCCGACGCGGGCGGCAUGACGCCGCUCAUGUGGGCCGCGUGGAAGGUCACCGCCGUGGACCCCACGCGCCUGCUGCUGUCGCUCGGCGCCUCCACGGGCCCGCAGGACCGCUCGCACGGCAAUACGGCGCUGCACUGGGCUAUCCUCGCCCGCAACAGCACCGCCAUCUGUACUUUGAUUCUCUAUGGUAAUGCCAGUUUAGAUGUUCCAAAUCACCGUGGAGUCACUCCUCUGACAAUGUUGCAGAACAAUCCUAAUGCAAUAUGGAUUGGUAGUAAAGUCGCCGAGAAAGUUAAAGAGUUGUCUACCUCAAGAAGUAACUGCUUUCGUAGAAUAACAUAUGAUAGAAAAUUUAGAUGGUGGUGUGUAGUCAUCAUACCUUUCCUCGCAUUUUAUAUAACUGGAAUGGUGGUCGAACUGGACGCGCCGCAGCUCCUGAAAGUUCUAAUACUGAUCUGUUUCUAUGCCCUGUUACAUUUUGUAUCGAAUUUCUUAUUUGAUGAUGAACUGAAGAAUAUAUUUCCCCUCAGUAUUUAUUUGGCAACAAAGAUGUGGUUCUACAUCACGUGGGUGGUGGUGAUCGCGCCGACCGUGAGCGCGGGCGCCACGCUGGGCUUCCUGCUGAGCUCGCUGCUGCUGUGGCACACCUUCCUGCGCUCCUGGCGCGCCGACCCCGGCGUCAUCACCGCCACGCGCCAGGAGAAGAUGCAGGUCAGGCCGCUGCUACACACCGCUCAUUUGACAUUUCAGUGAACUGAGCAUUGGUGG